AUGUCGCCCAGCAUCGUGUCUCGCACAGUCGCCCCCGCCAGCUCCCACCCCCACCGCCACCCCCAGCCCGGACCGACAUCAGACGUUGCAGGAACCCACGCCCAGUUCAGCAGGCAACAGGUGGAAGGAUGGAACAUAUGCGGCCUGUCACCGCAGGUGCCCACAUCUGUUCCUUUGCGGGCAGAUGCUCGCAGAAAGGAGGUGGGAGGCCGGGCAGGACGGCGCAGCCGCGCGGAGCCGCUCGGGUCCGGCGGGGACACGCGGGCGGGGCGGAGUCCGGGCGGUUCCGGCCCAGCCUGCGCCCCGCCCCGCGGGCCGGUGAUUGACGGGCGCCGGGACCGGCGACAGGUGCCCGCGACCUCCGGGCGGGGCGUGUCCCGGAGCGAGACCCCGGGCGGGCCCGGGUCGCUCUCGCCGCCCUUCCUUUCCCACCCGCAUUGUCUGUCGCGGCCUCGGGCCGGCGACUCCAAGGUGGGGCCGCGCCUCGGUGCAGGUGACCGCGUGCGCCCCCGUGCCGCGCGCCCGGGGACCAGGGCUGGCCCGUCGACCUCGCCCUCCCAGCCCGCGCGCGUGCCCCUGCGGCGGGUGCCCGCCCUGCCGCCGCCACCCACUCCAAGCCGCUCUCUGGAGUGCCCACCGGCGCCGCACCCCCUCCAGGCAGUCCUCCGGAGCGCCUGGCCCGGCGCGUUCAGUCGGGGGCCGCUCGGGCGGGAGCGCGGAGCAGCUGCGCGGUCAUCUGAUCCGGACAAAGGCGCCCGGAGCCGCGCCAGAGUGAUCCAGACGCAACGGAGUGAUCAGGUGCGAACGCCGUGCUACAUUCGAGUCAGUGUGUCUUGUAAAUGUCCAUGCGCCUCUGGGGUUCAGUCCUUAAGAGGUAUUUGGGAGCCUGUUGCCUAACAGCUGGAGGGAUGACCAUGGAGGACUUCAGCUUGGUCUUUGAGGAUUUUCCCUCUCCCCGGGCGUUAUGUGAUCUCAACAUCUGCC